AUGCUUUAUAACUACAAGGGGGAGGAUUAUCUGCUGCACUUGGUCGACACACCUGGCCACGUCGACUUCCGGGCCGAAGUAACUCGCUCAUAUGCCAGUUGCGGCGGCGCCAUUUUGCUCGUGGACGCAAGCCAAGGCAUCCAGGCACAGACAGUUUCAAAUUUCCAUUUGGCCUUUGCGCAGAAUCUGGCACUGCUACCUGUUGUCAACAAGAUUGAUAUGCCGUCGGCCGAUAUUCCCUCCGUCUUGAAACAUAUCAAAGACAGCUUCGAGUUGGACCCUGAAGAAGCUGUUCUUGUCAGCGCAAAGACAGGCAAAGGCAUUCACAGAGUGCUUCCAGCGGUUAUCGAGAAGAUGCCCCCUCCAGUGGGCGAUCGCAGCAAACCGCUGAAAAUGCUUCUGGUGGAUUCUUGGUACGACAAUUUUCGUGGUGUUGUUCUGCUUGUGAGGGUCUUUGAUGGCACGAUCCGGGCAGGGGAUAAUGUUGUAUCGCUUGGUACUGGCAUGAAGUACACCGUCGGGCAAGUUGGCGUGCAAUUUCCGGACGCAACACCACAGAAGGUCUUGGGUGCCGGGCAGGUUGGCUACGUUUACUUUAAUCCUGGAAUGAAACAAAUACAAGAUGCCAAGCUGGGAGACACUUUCACGGUCACUGGCAGCGAAGAUGUCGUCGAGCCAUAUCCUGGCUUCGAGGAACCCAAGCCCAUGGUCUUUGUUGCUGCCUUUCCAACCGACCAGGGAGACUACAGCAGGCUCGCAGAUAGCAUUAACCAAUUGGUGCUUAACGACCGCAGUGUAACACUUCAGAAGGACCAUUCAGAGGCACUAGGGGCGGGCUGGCGCCUUGGGUUCCUGGGUAGCCUGCACUGCUCAGUUUUCCAGGAUCGUCUCAGGCAAGAGCAUGGCCGGAGCAUCAUCAUUACAGAGCCUACCGUCCCAACCAAAAUCAUAUGGAGCAACGGCAAGGAGGAAGUAGUGCAGAAUCCUGCCCUCUUCCCUGAUACUUCGCACCCGCUUGUGAAAAGCUCACAGCUACUGGAGCCGUUUGUCAAGGCGACCAUCACGGUACCCGAGGAGCACCUCGGACGCGUGAUUGAGCUUUGCGAGGCAAAUCGGGGGCAGCAGAAGGGUAUCGAGUUUUUCAACAAAGAUCAAGUCAUUCUUGUGUACGAUAUACCCGCCGCUCAGCUGGUGGAAGACUUUUUUGGAAAGUUGAAAGGAUCGAGCAAGGGAUAUGCCACACUUGACUAUGAGGAAGGCGGUUGGCGAGAAAGUAAACUUUGUAAAGUACAGUUGCUCGUGAACAAGCAACCUGUCGAUGCCAUAUGCAAAAUUGUCCAUGCCUCUCAAGUCGAGAGGGUAGGCAGACAAUGGGUCACAAAGUUCAAAGAGCAUGUUGAUAGGCAAAUGUUUGAGGUUGUUAUCCAAGCGAUCUCAGGCAAUAGAAUCAUUGCUCGUGAGACUAUCAAGCCAUUUCGUAAAGAUGUGCUUGCAAAGUUGCACGCUAGCGAUAUCACCAGAAGACGAAAGCUGCUCGAGAAGCAAAAGGAUGGUAGAAAGCGGCUACAAGCCGUGGGAAAUGUUGUGAUUAACCAAUCAGCUUUUCAGGAUUUUCUUGCGAAGUAG